ACCGAAAAAGUAUCAAAUUUUAAAGUUUCCGAUUCCGAUUAUCCGCUCUACUGGAAGUAGCUUGUAAAAACACAGAUUAUACGACUGAUUUCAGUUUCGUUAAUUUCUUGCAUGUAGGCGAGAAUUGCUGCUCAGUAUUAAACAAUUACAAUCUCGGAAAAGAAACGAGAUUCUUUUGCUUCCAUUGAGGAACAGAUUCUCCGCCAGAAAUCGGCAGAUGAACAAAAGUGUGUGUGUGAAUUGUUCAAGUGAAGAAUUUGAGUCUAGAAGAAAAUAUUGUAUGACUAUGCAGUGAUCUUUGGAUCUCAAGUUGACUAAGGCAUUUGAAAGUUUUAGGACAUUAAUAAACGAUUAAAUUACUCUGUUAUUACGUGGAAAUACCUUAUCAAAGAUUACUGAGUGAGAAAAGUGUGUGCAAAAAACUCAAUGUUCUCGUGAACUCCUAAAAAGCUAUUUUUUCAAGUGCGGCUGAAAGGCGGAGGGUAGUGAUAUUCGAGAGAAACAAGUUUUCAUUCAUCCUACUGCAAAUUGGUUGCUGCUUCUUGUUACGCACACACUCUAAAGUCUAGUAGACACGUUCAGCAGGACGAGAUCAAAGGAACCAUUAGUAAAUUUUAUCGUAUCUUAUCCUGAAAGAGUUAAAAGGAGUCUCAGAAAACAAAAAAUCCAAACUCGAGAAACGCGAUUUUUUUUGAGAUCUACAAUCAAUAAUUGGAAAAGGAAAAUGACGGACGAGGCUUACCCAAAAACUCUGUACGUGGGUAAUUUAGAUCAGUCGGUAACGGAGGACUUGCUCUGUGCAUUAUUUGGUCAAAUGGGCACAGUCAAGAGCUGCAAAAUUAUACGCGAGGCAAGUAGCGAUCCUUAUGCAUUUAUAGAAUACACCAGUCACCAAUCAGCGCAGACUGCUUUAGCCGCAAUGAAUAAGCGACUAUUUCUUAAAAAAGAAAUCAAAGUGAACUGGGCUACAAGCCCAGGGAACCAACCGAAGACAGACACCAGUCAACACUAUCACAUAUUUGUCGGCGAUCUUAGUCCAGAAAUCGAAACCGAAACUUUACGAGAAGCAUUUGCUCCUUUUGGUGAGAUCUCUAACUGUCGGAUUGUGCGUGACCCGCAAACGUUGAAAUCCAAGGGUUACGCUUUUGUAUCUUUUGUAAAGAAAGCUGAGGCUGAAAACGCCAUACAGAUGAUGAACGGACAAUGGUUAGGUUCGCGAAGCAUUAGAACUAAUUGGUCUACUCGAAAGCCCCCGGCACCUCGUGAAAACGCUAAAGGUAUUAGAAGCGGAAAGACACCAGGUUUCGAAGAAAUCUAUAACAACACCGGCCCAACAAACACCACAGUGUAUUGUGGAGGAUUUCCGCCUAAUACAAUAACGGAUAUUCUUAUCAAUAAGCACUUCAGUCAGUUCGGCCCAAUUCAGGAUAUUAGAGUAUUUAAAGAUAAAGGAUAUGCAUUCAUUAAGUUUAUGUCGAAAGAACCAGCAGCACGAGCCAUUGAAGGCACUCACAAUAGUGAAGUGCAAGGACAUCCAGUGAAAUGCUAUUGGGGUAAGGAGAACGGUGGUGAAAUGGCAAGUAAUGGUGUUCAUGCAGCGGCUGUCGCUGCCGCAGGAAUGGUUGGCAUCGGUAUAAACAGCAUAGCUGGAAGUCCACUUCAGUCACAAAACGCUGCGGCUGCCGCAGCAGCAGCCGCCGCCGCUGCAGCUCAACAACAUGGUGCUAACCAACAACUUACUCAGGCAGCUGCUGCAGGUGCUGCUCAGUACCCAUAUUCCGCGUACGGUCAAAUGGGAUACUGGUAUCCGGGUUAUCCACAAAUGCAAACUCAAUAUAUGCAGCAGGGAUAUGCGUAUCCUUAUGCUUAUGCCACUGCUGCUCCCCAGCAGGCAGGAACUACUGGUUAUCGUAUGAUGCAGCCUAAUAUGGCCGCUGCUGGUUGGGGUAUGCAGACUGUACCAGGGGUAGGCACAAAUGGGGCUGCCGCAGCAGCAGCGGCGGCCGCUGCUGCUGCAUCUUCCCAGCAACCUAUGAUGUAUGCAACAAUGCCGCAGUUCCAGACACAAUGAGAAAUAAUGAAAAACUGUCCCAACAAUAGCAUCGUCAGCAAAGUAGUAGGAGCCGCAACCACAGCUCAAGUCAAUCAUCAACCGGCCGCCCAUUACAAUCUAAUAACUAAUCCUGCAGCAGCAGCUGUAGCUGCCGCAGCCAAUCUCAGCAACAGUCUUAUUUCACCACCAUCGAUUAUCACAAAUGCUAAUAAUGCAAUUAUCUUAGCAGCUCAUCACCAACAGCAAACGGCGACAAUUCACCAGCAUCACUCAUUCACACCUCACCAUCAUCAUCUGAUAACAUCAUCGCCGGUUAAUCCAAAUGCUCCAAGGGCAGCGGCUGCUGCCAAACUUUAUCAUCAACCAACAGCGACGAUCGCGAAUUCUUUGCUCGCAACACCUGUCAGUUCUACUGCUUCUUCCAGUACUUGUCAGUUACCAGUGCGAACGAUUACAGCCGUGGUUGGUGCAAUGACGACUAUUGCAACAUUAGCGUCCACUGCAGCCACAACCGUGCUAACUCCUUCAUCUUCCACGUCCGCCAAUGGAAUUGUUCCUCAAAGCAAUGGUAGUAGUAGUGAUAGUAAUAGUUGUAACAGCAGUAGUAACAGUAUUGCGGCCGCUGUCGCUGCUAUCAUCAACAGUAAUCUUAACUUUAGAAACCACAGCAGCAGUAUCUCUAGUAGCAACACAGGUGUAAAAGUUCCCAGCAUUAGUACUACCUGCAGUAGCGGAAAUGGUAGUAAUGUCGAGCAUAAUCAUCUCAAACACAAGAUGAACAGUGAAAAGGAAACAGAAGCAAAAGAGAUUACCAACGGUGAAGGGACCGCUAACAAUGUUCGGAAGAGAAUGAAACUGGAAAAUGGUGACAGUUGUAGGAAUUACUGCAUUGAGCUAGAAGGGACGGUAGCAACAACGACUACUCAAAUGACAACAACAACAACGAUAACGAGCAUGCCGUUGACUAACAUUGUCAGCAGCACGGACAAUUGUAAAAUCAAGCAGGAGAGAUGAAUAGAAAACGAUGAUGAAUGAUUGUAUAGUGUGAGAGCAAAUGCGUAUACCGGUCUGAACGGUUCGAUAUUUUGUUAUGUUCCGGCUAAAUAUUCGCGGUGAGUUUAGCGUAAAUGUUCUUUUUCAAAUGCUAUCGCUUGUUAGUCGCUUACAUAGCCUAACUAGAACUCACUUGUUAGACUUUUGAGCGAGCAUGAAAUUGCAAAGCACAAUUUUUCAUCUAUUUUAAUAGUUUUCAACCGGGGGGAAUCCUAAUAAGAUUAAGAUAGUAUUGGAUCAUAGUCUGUAUGGUUGGAGUGAUAUUCUACGUCGCUGUAGAAUUGGAAUACAGUUUUCUUUAGUUUCUUGUUUAUUUUCACGAAUGUUUCGAAAAACCUCCAAAAUAACGUAUUGUAAAACAUGCGAAAACCAGUUAACGUAAUGGUCAUAAAUUACGGAAUGAUUGUUUAAUAAAGUAGUGACGAAUAUGUAUAAUUUUAUUUAUAGUUUGCCACUUCUUAUAACCCUAUCCAAUCGAACUUAUUCUUAAACACAAAAUGCCGGUUUUUCAUUCACAUGGAUAGCUUGAUGCUUGAAUACGCCAGCUCAGGCUAAUGGAUGAUUGAUUGAUAAUGAUUCAGCAACAUAUUAUAGUACCAUUUUGCAAAUUUGUUCCAGAUGUUAUUAAUUUUCUGUUAGAAAGUGUAACAUUUUCGACAUUGUUUGGUGAAAGUGUCAACUGUACAACUACCACUUAUUAGUGGCAGCAUGAGGUUCGAGUAGGCCGAGAUGCUUGAAGAUUUUUCAAUUACUGCUAUAAUCUAGAAGGCAGUAUUUUCUGGCCACUAACAAUUAAGACAUUCUGCCAGUAUCGCUUUUUUCACUUCCUCAGUAUUUUAUUGUGUUUUACAUAGUAUCAUUGCAAACAAAAAUACUAACCCAAAGUUUUACCGAAUGAAGCAGUUAAACGCCGUUCACAAACGACGUCCGGUAUUUUUCAACGGUUAGGAACCCUCCCACCCUCUAUUGCCCAUUUUCGUCAGCUUAAUCCCGCCACCCUCACUAAGGUGGACGUCCAGAUUGAGCGUUUUAUCGUACAUUGCACGUUUAUUUAUCAGUCCUUGUCACUGAAUUUGCCGGAUUUUUCAAUCGUUUUUGAUUUUUGUGAAUGGACGUCCGAAAUCACGUAUUCCUUCCCUCCCCGGAGUCCAAUAGCAUCCGUUUUUUUUUCAAAGCCUCGUGGUGAGUUAUGUUACCCAAUGCAUUUCCCUACCUUUUAACUCCCAAGUGGCUAAUAUUGAAGCUUUUGCGGCAAUCGAUUCGACUUUCAUUGAUUUAGUAUCAGCCUUUUUGAGUGAGUAUCAAGAAAAACAGAUUUUUAUUUAGCAUAUUAAGGUUAAUGAAUAGAAGUUCUUGUUUAUUCAGUUUACCUGGACACAAACAGUCGAGUCCAUUCCCUCGAGUUUAAAAUUUGGUUGCACUGAGUAAAAAUCUUUUUCAUGCCAAAACGUGCAAAAGCUACGAGAGAUUCGUUUGCUCAAAAUGUUAUAAAUAUUUAAAUUGCUUUUAUACUAUAUGCAACUGCACACAAAGACAAUUGGCAAUUACUUCAAUAGGCCAAGAAUCACUAAAUCUACUGAAUUAGAAAACUAGGUUUUUCAAUGCCGAAUAAAGAAGUAGAAAAAUAAACAUCAAUAUGUAUAGGGAGGGUGCAUGUCGUAUUUUUGUAUAGUGUUACUAAGGUAACGAGAAUUUUUAUAUAACUUUUUGUGAAUUUGCUGAAAAUUGCAAGCCAUUCUAAUUUAAAUAAAACAAACUAGAAAGAUUUGGAUAAAGUGAUAUUCAUGUGAGCAGCCGUAGAAUACCAUGCCAGACCAAAGCGCGCGAAAAGUAACACUUUACUUGGAAUGGUGCGUAUUUAUAUUUCGCCGCAGCUGCAGCUGAUGUUACCAAUGGAGUACGCAAAUACUAUUUUCAAGAAUGUCCAAUGAUAAGGAUAUUUUUAUUAUGGUAAUGUGUAGAUACCAGAAACUACGACAUCAUGGUCAGAUAUUACCGCACCAUUUUUGAACGUUUUGCUAUUAACCGAUUUUAUUCAAAUUCUCACGAGAAGACCUUUGUUAGAUUUAAGCAAAUGUAUGGUAUCACUCCAAUAAGUACCAAAAUUGUUCAAAUUUUUCCGAUCUGACAUACAUGUUUAGUGUCAUUCUAGGGCGUUUUAAAUAUGACUUUUGCGAGUAACUGCUUUAAGCAACUAUCCCGGACAGAUAACGGAAAACUGUCUUUGAGACUAAAGGCCCAAACAGAAUGCUGCGUCAACGCUUUCGUCAGCGUUAUUCUGACAGUUUUCCCAUGAGUUUACUGUCAAAUUGGCGCUAACGGAUGCGUUGACGAUGCAUUCUGUUUGUGCCUUAAGCAAUUAAGCAUUUCGGGCGUGUCUUCUUGAGUUUUACAUGUUUUUAACAGGCUGCUACUAAAGAGAAUGUUUUAGAAGAACACUUGAUCAUUGGAAAGAAAAUGGUCAAAAAUAGUUACUCUUAGUAAACUUAUCCUAUACAUAAAUAGUUUUCAUUAUUGGUGACGCCACAUUCUUGCUAAUCCUUGGUUUCCCUCGCCAUAACAACUUUACACAAAACUAACGUUGAAUGGGCUCUCCAAUAUGCCCUACGAUCAGGUUUAUCAAAUUUAGUGCUGUGACAAAAAACACUUACGAUGCCGCUUGACACAAGCAAUUAUUUUUUUUUUAUUUUAUUUUCUUCUAAUAUUUAUUCUCAGUAAUAUAAGAACGUUAGUAUUGCACACAUUGCAACAUAGAAUUUUCAAUAUAUCAAAAUUAAUUCCUGGUGGUUUUACAAUGUGUGUUCUGUAUGUACACCGAAGCAAUACUUUACAGAGAACAAUACCUAACAUACCUACUACUCACUGUGAAUGGUAUGAACACCAGGCAUCAGGAUGUUUGCCAGUUUUAUUGUGUCGCCAGCACUAAAUUGGACUUCCGUAAAAUCGGCAAACGAUUUUUCUUCCGUACCGUACUUUAAACCUAGUGUCGGAAGUAGUGCACUGUAUAGCAAAUGAGCAAAUUAAUGUACGGUACGAAAGAAAAAUCGUUUGCCGUUUUUGCGGAAGUCCAAUUUAGUGCUGGAUACACUCUAUAUUCACAUGCCCACACUUCGUGACCUUUGUUUUAUACUAAAUGUCUUAAACAACUCGUUUCGAAUGUGUAAUCAAACGUGACGUGUAACUUCGAGCUUUUUUUACUAGCGGGAUUGCAUACUAGCUUUUCAGCAUAGGCAACGUUUAUUUUUACUUCGUUUUUCGAAAACAAUUUAAAAUAUGAUCAUAAUUUGCUUUAUUUUCAAAAAACUUAUUGUACUUUAAACUUUCGUUAAAAUAGAACUAAUGUAUUCGAAGGUUACUGCGCAAAUCUUCCAGUUUUAUUUCACGUUGCUUGGUUCGAAACAUUUUUCGGCAAAAUGUAAAGUUCCGUAACUUUGAGAAUUGCUGGAAUUGUCACGUUAGUGUUGAUUUAUGUUUUUGUUGUGUGUAGAAGCUCUGUUAAAAAUGUGUUUAUAUUAUUACUUAUUUCAACCGUUCUGCCUUACUUUAAAACUUUAUUGAUUGUUUUUGUAAAAAAGGGAUAUUUGCACCGGUAUUUAUGAAAACUUGGGUUUUGCAUUCAAAACCCAACGUGUAGUCAAACGCAAAUUAGAAUAUUUGCGCAAUUGUUUACAUUAUGUUACAUUAUUUAUGAUAUCCUUUCAAUUUGUUUAAUUUAUACCCUGUUGCACUCAAUAAUCCGUUGAAAUUGCCAGAACUGACAUGCAUUUCCUCCGCCCGAAUUGAAAGAGCAAUUCAAACAUAGUUCGAAAUAUUCGACAUUUGUUCCAAUAAUUAAGCGCAACAAAUCGUUUUUCUAGUAUGAAGAGUAAAAUAUGUAUAGAAGAAGUAACAUGCGUGUAAUUUUUUCUACGUGAAUAAAAGUAAGGUGAAGAAUAAUACGAAUUGAAACAAAAUUGUAUCUCACCAAUUACGCUCAGAUAGGCCCAAUUGAAAAAAUGUCGUGUGAUAAAAGCGUAAGUUUCAAAUGUAAACAUUGACAUUUUUGGCAUUCUACUUUCUACUUACUUCUAGAAUUUAGAUCAAGUAUAGUUGAAAUAUUGAUUCUUACGCUGUUAUCGAACGUAAACAAAAAAUUGAACACUCUGUUACUAAUAAUUAGAGCGGUUUAAUUGUUUUUCGUUCUCGUAUGAGUGAACGCGUGGAUGUUGUUUUGCUUCUAAUUAUUUAGAACUCGCCAGCAAGGUUAGAAUUAAAUGAAGAUAAUUAUUGGAUAGAUUUUUCUUUCCUUCGAGUGAGAAUGUAAUUUAAAAUUGUAUGGUAACAAGAAGAUUUGUGGGGAAAAUACAGUUUGAUUGAAGAUUGAUCAUAAAGCAAUCAAACUUCUAUUUAAGUUGAUAAGAAACAUAAAACUUAUAACACAAAGCUUUUCACCAUCAUGUUGACCAAACCUACGAUACCGCGAGGUAAACUCGUAUAACAAGGCUGCUUCAUGAUUUAGAGCCACAUGUGACUCUUAUAAGUAACAGCGACAUGCAACUGUUGAAUAAAUGGGAUUUAGUUUAAAAAUAAACAAACAUUACCAAUUCGGUUCAUUUUUGAAAAAUUUUGUUUUCUGUUUUAAAAUGCAAGGAGACGAACCGAUAAUGUAAGAAUUAGAUGACGGAUUGAAAAAAUAUUAAUCUUAGAUUCUAAGUAAUUAUUCUAGUUAUUGAUAAAUGAAAUCUAUUGAUAAAAGUAAAUUUAAACCUUUAGUAAUUAAGAAUUUAUAUAUAUAAGGUGGCAAAAAAAUCAUCGCGUAUGAAACUGGAAUUAGCAAGUGCGAAAGUUGGUAAAGCUUUAGUGUAAAAUUCUUUUAUUUUAAAAAGAAAUCACGAGAAACGCUCUGAUGUAUGAAAAAGUGAAAGAAAAUAAAAACAAAAGACACAAAAGCGUGAAUGGUUAAUUGUAAGCAUCCUAUAAUAUACAAUUAUGAGUUGCCGUAAAACGAAAAAAACGUUUUUAAAACAACUAAGAAGAACGGAACUUAAAAGUAUCACUGGCGUGUAAGUAGAAUCGUGACACGUAAGCACGAGAGUUUGCGACUAAGAAACUUUAUGACGGAGAAAAGAACUGUGUGAUAUAAACAAAACAAAA